AUGAAGCUGCAGAAAAGGGAAGCUUCUGAAGUCUCAAAGAGGGCUGAUUCUGGAUCGGCACAAGAAGGAGCUUACAGACCUCAGAUAAAUGUUUCGAAUGCUCAAUCCAGCGGAAAACCACCAGCAGCAGGUAAUAUACUCAAGGCAGCAGAAAGUGCUCUGAAUCUAGAGCAGGGGAGACUACAAAAGCUUAAACAGUUUGAUGAUGAAAACCAGGCACUGAGAUUACGCUCCAAAGAGAAGUAUGAGAGGCAAAUUUCUAAGUUGGUUCAGCAAAUUACAGGAACAAAAGACAGUGUCAGAGGACUGGGAACAUGCAUAAUGCCUUAUGAGUUUUCUCCAGAAGGCACCCUAAAAUCUGGUCAAGCAUGA